UCUGUGCGCAUAGCACUGCAUUGCUCUUAUUAGGUAGCCCCCUCCAAACAUUGUUUGAUGCCCCCAAAAUAAACCCUUCUUCAGUCCUUCUCUCUUGUAUAUAUAGACCCCACACCUCCACUCCAUCACCCUCUUCUUCCUCCUCCAUUAUCCCCCCUCCCCUUCUCUCUCUAGCUCUUCUGUUCUCUGAUUCUCUCUCUAGCUCUUCUGUUCUCUGAUUCUCUCUCUGGAGAGGAAGUGAGGAAGAAGGAGACCGGCCAUGGGGUUCCCUUCGGUGUGCUACUGCGUGAUCCUGCCGCAGCCGCUCAUCCUGGUGCUGCAGCUGCUCGACCUCCUCCGGCACGCCGUCCUGCUCUGCCUCUCCUCGCUCGGCCUCGCGGCGCCGCCGGCCGCCGACGAGCACCCGGCCUACGCGGCCCCGCCGCCGGACCUGUGGGCGCUGCCGCCGUCCCUGCAGGCGGCCGCGGUGGCACCGGUCCCCGCGCCGGCGGCCAUCAAGGCCCGGCUACCCGCCGUCCGGUACGCCGACCUCCUCCGGACCCGGCGCGCGGUCGCUCCGGCGCCGGCCGUGUGCGCCGUGUGCCUGGGCGCGCUCGAGGCGCGGCACCGCGUCCGCGAGCUCGGCAACUGUGCGCACGCCUUCCACAAGGCGUGCAUCGACAAGUGGGUCGACAAGGGCCAGGCCACCUGCCCCCUCUGCCGCGCCCUCCUCCUCCCCGCCGAUGCUAACGCCGGCGAGCUCGCCUCCUCCUCGUCCUUCUCCUUCUGACCUCACGCUCCAAUAAUUAAUCAAGAAGCCAGCCAGCCGCCGCGGCUCGCUCGAGAGGCCAGGUCAGUAUAGCUAGCUCGCCCACUGCGACCCUGUCGUCCAUCCAUCCAUGGAUCCAAGCUUUCUUGGAGCAAAAAUGAAAUGGUGGGAGGAGGAGAGAGAAAUGGUGGAUGGUGUCAGUGUGCGGUGGUGGAUCCAGUAUUAUUGGUAAGUGAGGCACUAAUUAUGAGGAGGACAGGGAUGGCUACCUGCUUUGGAUCUGGUGCGUGAGUGAGCUGAGCCCUAUGCACACUCACACUCUCAUAGAUCCAUGCAUCCAACCAUCCAGAUGCUGCUGAUCUCUUCUCCACUCCAAUUCACUUUUUUUUUAAUUUCUUUUUUUUUCUUUGAGAGUUCUCCUUAUUAUUGUCAACUUAAUUAGUGAGGGAAUCAAGCAAGAGAGAGAUGUACAUAGCUGCCUCCACUUGACAGUAUUGGAAGAAUAAUGAUUGUCUCUCACAUCACCAGUUUAACUUGAUCUGAUAGUACUACAAUUUGACAUGAGCAUAUUAUUAUA